ACAGAUGCUCCCCAAACAGCAGAGGCCGUCUGUCCAUCAAGACGCCCACAACAUGAUGGCAAACUACCUCGCUGCCUUGGGCCCUCUAAUCACGGUCCUCCAACUCCUGGCGGCCGAGUCGCAAAAGGAGGACAUCAUAGUUACUGUGCGACAAGGACGUCUCAAGGGACUUCGCUUCGAAUCUGUUCGUGGCCAAGAGCUACUUGCCUUCUUGGGCAUACCUUAUGCCAGACCACCAGUAGCAGAGCUGCGUUUCAAGGGCCCGCAGCCCCCAGAGCCCUGGAGGGACACGCGCGAAGCCAUAGUUGAAGGGAACGUCUGCCCGCAACGAGACAUGAUGUCCGGUGCUUUCAUGGGAGACGAGAACUGCCUCUUUCUGAACGUCUUCACCAACAAGAUCCCCGAGUGUCCCGAGCAGCUGAAGGCUGUUAUGGUUUGGAUCCAUGGCGGUUCCUACAAGGGGGGCUCAGGGACAUCGAUGGUCUAUGGGCCGGACCACAUCCUUACUGAGGACGUUGUGCUCGUCACUAUCAACUACCGCCUGGGACUUCUAGGAUUCUUGAGUCUCUGCGAAGUUGGAGUUCCGGGCAACAACGGCCUGAAGGACCAAGUGAUGGCACUGCGAUGGGUGCAGAAUAAUAUUGCCCAGUUCGGGGGAGAUCCUAACAGAGUCACCAUCUUCGGGGAGAGCUCUGGUGGAGCGAGUGUGCACUACCAUUUACUGUCUCCAAUGUCUAAAGGCUUGUUCCACCGCGCCAUAGCGCAGAGCGGAUCAGCGCUGGACCCGUGGGCCUAUGCCGAACCGGAUUUCCUGCGCUGGAAGGCAUUCACAGUGGGCGAACGUAUGAACUGCAGCGCUGCAGGUCCUCAUGAACUGUUGCGGUGUCUGCAGGAGGCAGGGGCAAACACGAUAGUACAGAGCACUGUAGGGCAGGUUUUCAGCACAUCUGAGACAAUAGUGCCGCUCAGACCGACAAGGGAGGACGAAAGUCAGAGCGACGAAGAGGUCUUCCUUUCAGGAAAACCGGAAGAUCUCAUAGCUUCAGGAAAGUUCCACAAUGUUCCCUACAUUACCGGAGUCAACUCCAGAGAAGCCAUAAUUUAUGCGGAAGACAUGCAAUCGAUCCCGUCCUUCUGGGAAGACAGCAAGCAGCACAUGAAGAGCGUCAUUGCUGAUCUUCUGGGCAUGCAGAAUACCAGUCAGGCAAAUGAGAUUGCGGAAAUGGCGCUCAGCUAUUAUGCGGGGGAUGAGAUUCUGACAAACAAAACAUUAACAGGGAAGCAUAUUGACCUGUUUUCUGACCUGGGUUUUGUGCUCGGUGCGGACAGAGCCCUGAAGAUGCAGACGCUGCUGUCAGCCGCUCCAGUCUAUUCUUAUUUAUUCUCGUUCGACGGCGGUCUGGGCCUUGCUAAGCUCGCCUUUCAUACGCAGCUCGAAGGAGUGUCUCAUGCUGACGAACUGGGGUAUCUAUUCCACACAGCAAUCAGCCCUUCCGUGGCAGAAGAGUCUGACGAAAUGAAGGUUUUGUUAAAAAUGGUUAAAAUGUGGACGAAUUUCGCAAAAACCGGGGACCCCACGCCAGAUUGCGACUCUUUGCUGGGAGUGAAGUGGGACCCGACCACCAAAGCUGAACACGUUUACCUCAGCAUUGACAAGGAAGUGCAGAUGAGAAGGGAUCUCUUCAAGGAACGUAUGCAGUUCUGGGAGGAUAUGCUAGGACCCUACAUCAAACCUUACAACAGUACCAACUUCUGUUGCAACAAAACAUGCUCUUAUUACGUUCCUAAGGACUUCUCUUGAUAAACUAAAAGUAAAUGUU